UAUUAAUUAUAUUAUAUAUGACUCUUAGGUGUGAUAUAUUGUGCCUUUGAAGAGGACGAAGCGGCUAUUGAUAGCAUAGCUCAACGCUAUGAGAGAUAUGGCAAUGGAGUCGAAGCACCGGAAAAGUUGGAAAUCAUUAAAGAGAAGUGCAAUGAAAUUGGAAAUACAAACGGCACGGGUAGACUUUUCUGGGAUAUAGUCACCGGCUUGAAAUGGGCAGGGUACCUCAAACCAAGGAUCCGGGAUGUGGUUAUGGAGAGUCCCAGCAUUCGAUUCUACGAGAAAGUUAACUUAUUUUGUACAUUGCCCGAUGAUAAAAUGUUGAAAUACACACCCAUUAUAAACGCUAAACUGGUCGAGACUAAAAAACUACGUGACCGUUACCUUGGAUACCUAGAAGAUGCUUUGAAACAGUCGAGAAUUAACAUGGGUGAAAUAAUAUGCGUUGGCCGUGACUUCUGGGCUAAAGUGAUUGAUAUGCACGACGACAUCGAUGGGUUCCGGGAGUUCUCACACAAACGUAUUGAACUCUAUCCGGCAAUACUGAACAGAACUGAACACUUGUUGGGCGUAAAAGUGGACACAAAGUGCGAGAUGAAAGAGUCGUACCCGGAGUCAACACUUAAAUCGUAUACCGUGUUGAUGGGUAGAUUACUUACCAAGUAUUCGGAGUCAGCACUUUAA